AUGCCACCGAAUAGACCAUCUCAUAAACGACAGAAAUCAUCUAUUCUAAACCAAGGCAACUAUAAUUUUACACAAGAGGAGGUUAAGGAGGAGGAGGAGGAGGAAGAGGAACAAGAUAAACAAGGUUUACAACCAUCGCUACCUCCAUUUGCCAUUCCAGUGACACAUGCACAUACACAUACACAUACACAUACACCAGCUCAAGUUCAAGCCCUGAAAUACCCACAGGCACAAGUACAAGCGCAAGCAAAGAUACCCUCAACUUCUACAAACCUAGAUCCUUUGUCUUUGAUUAAUCAACAGAUCGAUUUUCCACACUCUUCAAACAGAAGAACAGACGAACAAGAUGUGUAUAAUUAUUGUUUUGCUCCUUCACAUACUCAAACACAUACACAUGCAUAUCAUAACCAACAGCAACAACAACAGCAACAUCACCAUCAUCAUCAUCAUUCGUUUGGUUCUAACGUUAAUCUCCGUCAACAUACACCACAAUCCCAACGUGUACAGUAUGAAUACAAUCAAGAGCUUCAAGGACUGGUGCCGAUCGAAAGACGCGUUGCUUCUACUGGCUAUGAUCGGUUUAAUGAUUUUCAUCCAAUAUCACCACCCCAACCUCUACCUACAACCAAUCCAAAUUACCAACAGGGCGGUACAUAUCAAACCGCAUCUGGCCCACCAUUGCAUCAGUAUCGUCAACAAUCACAACAACCACCACCACUUUCACAACAACAGCAGCAGGUACGACCAAUACUGCAUCUGCCACAGCAUACCUUCUUCAAUGAACCCAACAUUCAGCGUUCACAACAACCAAGUUCCUAUUAUAGAUCCACUACCUACAUCACCGAUCCUUCAGCGACUGGAUCUUUUGCAUUUAAUCCUGCAUCCUCACAAGCUCCUCCAGUUUACCCUACUACUUUAGAUCCCAAUCACUCAAAUCCACAACAACAGCAACAACAACAACAAGCACUAUACAGUUUUGAUCCCACUACUGGCAGUAGCAUUGGCAGACAGUACUCUAAUCAGUCGUUAUUCUCUGCCGCCUCACUUCAACCUACAAUGCAGGCAUCUUCUACUACGUCGGGCCCACUAUCUAUACCUAUAUCAGUAGUGACAACGGCACCUACUCCCGUACCUACAGCUACUGCUCCAACAGCACCUACUCCUGUACCUACAGCCACUGCCCCAACAGCACUGACUCGAGUCACUGCAGCACCUGCACAAGCUGUUGCUCCAGGACACCACAAAAAUGCCUUGUCCAUUUCUUCCCAUUUAACUUCAAUCAGUUUGGAAAGUCAAAAUUCUCCUGAACAUACCCUUACUACUGACCCUCGCAGAUUUCACCGUGACACCAACCCAGUUCUUGCUGAUCUUUUACUUGGCUUAUUUUCCGUUGAUGGGAACAACAUUGGAGCUUACUUGCAUUCGAUAAUUUACAAACUCAAUGCGCUGUUCCCCUUGGAUGAUUUCUACAAUUUGCUUUACAACAACGAUCGCCAGCUACCCAAUAGUGCCAAUUACAACUACAACCAAAAGAUCGACAAGACUCCAAUUGCAUUGAAUUCUCAUGAUACGACUGCUACAGUAAUGAAUCAAGUGUUGGACGUGUUUCGGAACCCGACAAUUUUACAUGAACAUUUCCCUCAUCAAGAAGGUCAAAAUCGGUUAUUUUCAAUAAAUUAUCACGAAUUACUACGUACAUUUCUUGCCAUCAAGAUCCUAAAUGAUAUGAUGAUUGAAGUGCCGCUGAAUAUGAAUCAAGAUUCAUUGACAUAUUCAAUACCGCGCUUGUCCAUCUUCAAGACGUAUUUCAUCAUUUGUCAAAAAUUGAUUACACGAUAUCCCAGUUCAUCAAACACCACCAAUGAACAACAGAAACUUAUUCUUGGCCAGUCGAAAUUGGGCAAAUUGAUCAAAAUGGUGUAUCCCAACUUGUCCAUCAAGAGAUUAGGCAGUAGAGGUGAGUCGCGCUACCAUUAUCUUGGCGUUAUUUGGAACGAACAUAUAAUCGACAACAAUGUCAAGCAAUUGUGUGAACAGCAUGAUUUGGCAAACUUGAGUGAGAUGUUCAGCGAGGGUGUUGGAGGCAGCUCUGAAGGUGGUGGAAGCACCGGAAGCAACUUUGAACAAAACGAGCAGAAUGUGUUGCUUCCAGAACGAGGUCUGAUGAGUGAUCGUCAAAUUGGUGCCAUUCCUUCAGGGGUAUCGCCAAAGAAACGAGGUAGAAAACGUAGUCGGUCAAGUGUCAGAGAAAAACUGUAUGGCACUGUUGGAACUGCAACCGAAACUAGUGAUGCCCCUCAUUCAGAUACGAUAUCGGUGCCUCGAUUAUCCUUUCUCAAGAAAGACCUGAAGUUCCCUCUCGAGUCCAGCUUCACUACGGUUUUAGUUGACAACAAUGAAGACAAAGAAAUAAGACCCAAUUGGUUUACGAAGUUACUCGAUGAUACUUAUGCAAAAUCGGACGUAAUUGAUCGAGAUUUAAUCAAGUUUAUAUUGCUCAACAACUCAAACUUGACACAAGAUUCAAACUUGCUUAAAAAUCUAUUAAAAUCAGUGUUUAAACCAAGUGCUGUAGCACAACCCCACACCACCACCGAUGAUAGUCAUGCCAAUAUUGACUUGUUAAUAUACACAAUCAUCCUAUUUGAGAGUCUACCAUACUUGCUACUAAUAGAACCAUCAGCCGAUAUCAAUAUGGUGACAAAUUUGCGAUUGAAUUUGCUAUACUUGAUUAAUCAUUUACCCGAUGAAUUGAAAUUGUUAAACUCGCCAGUUUUGCCUCUUGAAAACGCUGCCAAAUUUUUAAUUGUGGUCAAGAAGAUGAUCAAUUUAAAUGACUUGAUGAUUACGUUUAUCAAAUUGUUGAAUAAGAAAGAACUAAAUACAAUGAUGGUGGCUGAUAUACAGCAUUUUCUACUAGCUGAGCCUCAUGGCAUUGGGUUGCAACAAGGGAGUGGAAGAUGGGAAGUUGGCGAAGGAGAAGGAGAAGGUGAACAAGAUAGACAAGGUGGAGAAGGUGACGAGGGAGGAGCCAAUUUGUUACCUGGGUUCAAUGCUACGUCAAUUAGUGAAGUAAAGUUUAAUUUCAAAAAGGAUAUUUUAUCCAAUGAUUUGAUCCAUAGUUUAAUUGGAUUUCAAUUUGAUCCCAAUUCAACCGUGCAAUUGAAGAGAGGCAUUCCGGUAAAUACAAUAAAUGAGGACGUUACUAUACUUAACGAAUUUUUUAAAGUUGAUUUAUUAACGUUCUUAACACCGGAUGACUAUUACGAGACUGAAAAACCUCCAGCACCAAAGGACUCUUUUCUGAAGUCACACGCAUCCUCGUUGCGUCAUUAUCAACAAGAAGUGAGAACAAGUGUAGGGAGUAUAGUUCCAUUAUUGGCUCAUCCCCAGCCGAGCUUACAACAACAUGAGGCACCACAUAAUACAGCAUUUUACAGCCAACCAAUAGGUCAGCAACCUAUUGAGCCCAACACAGCUUCUUCAUCAUCAUCGAAUAUGGUAUUGACCACGAAUGAAAUGUCAAAAUUAAAAUCGUUACUAGCAUUAAUUGACACCAAGUUGCUAUCGCCGCAUUUCAAAUCUAGAUACCCUAUACAAUUGUAUAAUAGUUUCAUCACCUUUGUUUUGAAUGAUGUAUUGAAACACAUCUUCUUAAAACAACAGCAACGCAGUCAAGUUGGCCCAGUAGAGGAGAGUAGCACCUCUCAGGGCAACAGAGUUAAUCCAAUUAAAAAUCCUAAUUUCAGUCCAAGUUCGAGUGGAAAUAGUUUUGGUAGUUGGUGGGUCUUCAAUUCGAUUAUUCAGGAAUAUUUGAGUUUAUUGGGGGAGCUUGUCGUUGACAUGCACACUUACCAACAGAAUUCAAUAAAGCUCAUUGCAGGUAACUCGCAUAUUGAACUAUGUGAGAAAGUUGCUUCCAAAUUAUGCAUCGACAUUGCCCGCGUGGGGGCCUUCCAAUACACAAAUACCGAGACGGCGGUUGCCAUUGGUGAAUCCGUUCGUGAUGAAGACGUGUACAUCUUACAAACAGGCUGUGGAGAGACUGAAAUCAACGACUUCGUCAUGGAAUUACUAUUCAUGAUCAAUGCUUGUCGUAUUGCCAGUGCUAGAAGAAUAACGGCGGUUAUCCCCAGUUUCCCCUAUGCUCGACAAGACAAGAAGGAUAAAUCAAGAGCACCAAUAACUGCCAAAUUGAUUGCUAACUUGCUACAAACUGCCGGUUGUAAUCAUGUGAUAACGAUGGAUUUGCACGCGAGUCAAAUUCAGGGGUUCUUUAGCAUACCCGUUGAUAACUUGUAUGCUGAACCUAGCGUGUUGCGUUAUAUCAGAGAAAAGUAUAACAAAGACGACAUUAUUAUGGUGAGCCCUGAUGCCGGUGGAGCUAAACGAGUUGCCAGCUUGGCUGAUAAGUUAGACAUUCAAUUUGCAUUGAUCCACAAAGAACGUCAAAAGGCCAAUGAAAUCUCACGAAUGGUCUUGGUUGGUGAUGUCACUGACAAGACAUGUAUAUUGGUCGAUGAUAUAGCUGAUACUUGUGGUACUUUGUGCAAAGCUGCCGAUGUAUUGCUUGAAAAUAAAGCAAAUAAAGUCGUUUGCAUGGUUACUCAUGCUAUACUUUCGAAAAAUGCCAUUGAAAAAUUAAACAAUUCCAAGAUUGAUAAAUUGGUUUGUACAAAUUCAUUGCCUAUUCAAGACAAGUUGGCCAAAUGUCCCAAGAUGGAGACAUUGGAUAUUAGUGCUACAUUGGCUGAGGCAAUAAGAAGACUACAUAACGGAGAAAGUGUUAGUUAUUUAUUCAACCAUGUACCGGAAUAA